AUGCUGCUCCCUGCCCUCCUCUUUGGAAUGGUGUGGGCCCUGGCUGAUGGGCGGUGGUGUGAGUGGACAGAGACCAUCCGUGUGGAGGAGGAAGUAGUACCCCGUCAGGAGGACCUGGUACCCUGUGCCAGCCUCGACCAUUACAGCCGUCUGGGCUGGCGGCUGGACCUGCCCUGGAGUGUCCGCGCGGGGCUUACCCGGUCCCCAGUGCCUGGGCUCUGUCCUAUCUACAAACCUCCAGAAACCCGGCCUGCCAAGCGGAACCGGACAGUGAGGGCUUGUUGCCCAGGCUGGGGGGGCGCCCACUGCGCUGAGGCCCUUGCCAAAGCCAGUCCUGGAGGCCACUGCUUUGCCAUGUGGCAAUGCCAGCUACAGGCAGGCUCAGCUAAUGCCUCAGCAGGAAGCCUGGAGGAGUGCUGCGCCUGGCCCUGGGGACGAAGCUGGCGGGAUGGCAGCUCCCAAGCCUGUCUCAGCUGCUCCAGCCGACACCUGCCAGGUGGUGCCUCUUCUCCAGCCCUCCUGCAGCCCCUGGCAGGGGCCGUGGGCCAGCUCUGGAGCCAGCACCAGCGUCCCUCAGCCACCUGUGCCUCCUGGUCGGGUUUCCACUACCGCACCUUUGAUGGACGCCACUAUCACUUCUUGGGCCGCUGCACCUACCUGCUGGCAGGUGCUGCGGACUCCACUUGGGCUGUCCACCUAACACCCGGGGACCACUGUCCCCAGCCUGGACACUGUCAGCUGGUGACGAUGGGACCUGAGGAGGUGCUGAUCCAGGCUGGAAAUGUGUCUGUGAAGGGGCAGCUGGUACCUGAAGGGCAGUCUUGGCUGCUCCACGGGCUGAGCCUGCAGUGGCUAGGGGACUGGCUGGUGCUGUCAGGGGGCCUGGGGGUCGUGGUACGGCUGGACAGGGCUGGCUCCAUCUCCAUCUCUGUGGACCACGAGCUCUGGGGACAGACACAAGGCCUCUGUGGGCUCUACAAUGGCCAACCAGAGGAUGACUUCAUGGAGCCAGGCGGAGGACUGGCCAUGUUAGCAGCCACCUUCGGAAAUUCCUGGAAGCUCCCUGACUCGGAGCCUGGGUGUCUGGAUGCGGUGGAGGUGGCCCAGGGCUGUGACGGCCCCCUGGGGCUCACACAGGCAGACGUAGAACCUGGCCACCUGCGGGCUGAAGCCCAGGACGUGUGCCAUCAGCUGCUGGAAGGUCCAUUCGGGCAGUGCCAUGCCCAGGUCUCCCCUGCUGAGUACCACGAGGCCUGUCUCUUUGCCUACUGCGCAGCGGCCAUGGCUGGCAGCAGGCAAGAGGGGCAGCGGCAGGCUGUGUGUGCCACCUUUGCCAGCUAUGCCCAGGCCUGUGCCAGGCGGCACAUCCACAUUCGCUGGAGGAAACCUGGCUUCUGCGAGCGCCUGUGCCCCGGGGGCCAGCUCUACUCCGACUGCACCUCCCUCUGCCCACCCAGCUGCGAGGCGGUGGGUCAGGGAGAGGAGGAUUCCUGCAGGGAAGAGUGUGUGAGCGGCUGCGAAUGCCCGCGAGGCCUCUUCUGGAACGGCACCCUCUGUGUGCCUGCCGCCCACUGCCCCUGCUACUACCGCCGCCAGCGCUAUGCACCCCGUGACACCGUGCGCCAGCUGUGUAACCCCUGCGUGUGCAGGGAUGGCCGCUGGCACUGUGCCCAGGCCCUAUGCCCCGCCGAGUGUGCCGUGGGCGGGGACGGGCACUACCUCACCUUUGAUGGGCGGAGCUACUCCUUCCGGGGCGGUCAAGGUUGCCGCUACAGCCUGGUGCAGGACUAUGUGAAGGGACAGCUACUGAUCCGACUGGAGCAUGGGGCCUGCGACUCUGGGAGCUGCCUCCGCGCCAUCUCUCUCUCCCUGGAGGACACCCACAUCCAGCUCAGGGACUCAGGAGCUGUGCUGGUCAAUGGGCAGGAUGUGGGCUUGCCCUGGAUUGGCGCUGACGGCCUCAGUGUGCGCCGAACUUCCUCUGCCUUCCUGCUGCUGCGCUGGCCUGGGGCCCAGGUGCUCUGGGGACUGUCUGACCCUGCAGCCUACAUCACUCUGGACCCCCGCCAUGCCCACCAGGUGCAGGGUCUGUGUGGCACCUUCACCCAGAACCAGCAGGACGACUUCCUGACACCAGCCGGAGAUGUGGAAACUAGCAUUGCUGCCUUUGCUAGCAAGUUCCAGGUGGCCGGCAAGGGAAGAUGCCCCUCUGGGGACAGUGCCCCGCUCUCCCCCUGCACCACCCACUCCCAGCGCCACACCUUCGCAGAGACAGCUUGUGCCAUCCUGCACAGCUCUGUCUUCCAGGAAUGCCACAGGCUGGUGGACAGGGAGCCAUUCUAUCUGCGCUGCCUGGCAGCUGUGUGUGGCUGUGACCCUGGCAGGGACUGCCUGUGCCCGGUGCUCUCUGCCUAUGCGCGUCGCUGUGCCCAGGAAGGUGCCUCACCUCCCUGGAGGAACCAGACCCUCUGUCCUGUUCUGUGUCCUGGUGGCCAGGAGUACCAAGAGUGUGCCCCAGCAUGCGGUCAACACUGCGGGGAGCCAGAGGACUGUGGGGAGCUGGGCAGCUGUGUGGCCAGUUGUAACUGUCCUCUGGGGCUGCUGUGGGAUCCUGAGGGCCAGUGUGUGCCCCCCAGCUCGUGCCCCUGCCAGCUCGGAGCCCGUCGCUAUGCCCCUGGUAGUGCCACUAUGAAGGAGUGCAACCGCUGUGUCUGCCAGGAAAGGGGCCUCUGGAAUUGCACAGCUCACCGCUGCCCUCCACAGCAGGCAUUCUGCCCCAGGGAGCUUGUCUAUGCCCCUGGUGCCUGUCUCCUCACCUGUGACAGCCCUACCGCCAAUCACUCCUGCCCUGCAGGCAGUGCUGAUGGCUGUGUCUGUCCGCCCGGCAUGGUGCUGCUGGACGAGCGCUGUGUGCCUCCUGACCUCUGUCCCUGCCGUCACAGUGGGCAGUGGUACCCGCCCAACGCCACCAUCCAGGAAGACUGCAACGUUUGCGUGUGCCAGGGCCGGCAGUGGCACUGCACAGGCCAGCGGUGCAGUGGGCGGUGCCAGGCAUCAGGCGCCCCCCACUAUGUGACAUUUGAUGGACUGGCCUUCACCUUUCCCGGGGCCUGCGAGUAUCUGCUGGUGCGAGAGGCCGGUGGCCUGUUUACAGUCUCUGCCCAGAACCUGCCCUGUGGGGCCAGCGGUCUCACCUGCACCAAAGCACUGGCUGUGCGUCUGGAGGGCAUUGUUGUGCACAUGCUCAGAGGCCGGGCAGUGACAGUGAAUGGGCUGAGCGUGACGCCCCCCAAGGUCUACACAGGCCCCGGGCUGAGCCUGCGUCGUGCUGGCCUCUUCCUGCUGCUCUCAACCCGCCUGGGCCUCACCCUGCUCUGGGACGGAGGGACUCGGGUCCUGGUGCAACUGUCCCCUCAGUUCCGUGGUCGCGUGGCUGGGCUGUGUGGUGACUUUGAUGGAGAUGCCAGUAAUGAUCUGCGGAGCCGCCAGGGCGUCCUGGAGCCCACAGCUGAACUGGCCGCCCACUCCUGGCGCCUCAGCACCCUCUGCCCUGAGCCAGGAGACCUGCCACAUCCCUGCGUGGUGAACAUACACCGGGCUGGCUGGGCUCGGGCCCGCUGCGGGGCGCUGCUGCAGCCCCUCUUCGCAUCAUGCCACGCAGAGGUCCCCCCGCAGCAGCACUAUGAGUGGUGCCUGCAUGACGCCUGCGGCUGCGACUCAGGGGGUGACUGUGAGUGCCUCUGCUCGGCCAUUGCCACCUACGCAGAUGAGUGUGCCCGGCAUGGGUACCAUGUGCGCUGGCGUAGCCAGGAGCUCUGCCCCCUGCAGUGUGAAGGGGGACAGGUGUAUGAGGCCUGUGGCCCCACGUGUCCCCCUACCUGCCAUGAGCAGCAUCCUGAGCCCGGGUGGCACUGCCAGGUGGUGGCCUGUGUGGAGGGCUGCUUCUGCCCCGAGGGGACUCUGCUGCACGGAGGAGCCUGCCUGGAGCCAGCUUCCUGCCCCUGUGAGUGGGGCAGCAACUCCUUCCCGCCGGGGUCUGUGCUGCAGAAGGACUGCAGGAACUGCACGUGCCAGGAAGGUCAAUGGCGUUGUGGGGGUGACGGUGGCCACUGUGAGGAGCCGGUGCCUGGCUGUGCAGAGGGAGAGGCCCUGUGCCAAGAGAAUGGGCACUGCGUGCCCCAUGGGUGGCUUUGUGACAACCAGGACGACUGUGGCGAUGGCUCUGAUGAGGAGGGUUGUGCCGCCCCAGGCUGUGGGGAGGGGCAGAUGACUUGCGGCUCCGGCCACUGCCUGCCCCUGGCCCUGCUCUGUGAUGGCCAGGAUGACUGUGGAGAUGGCACAGAUGAGCGGGGCUGCCCGUGCCCCCAGGGCUUGCUGGCCUGUGCCGAUGGACGCUGCCUGCCCCCGGCCCUGCUCUGCGAUGGGCAUCCUGACUGUCUGGACGCCGCAGAUGAGGAGUCCUGCCUGGGGCAGGUGACCUGCGUCCCCGGGGAGGUGUCCUGUGUUGAUGGCACCUGCCUGGGGGCCAUCCAGCUGUGUGACGGAGUCUGGGACUGCCCAGAUGGAGCCGAUGAGGGGCCGGGACACUGCCCCCUACCUUCUCUGCCCACGCCUCCUGCUGGUACUUUGCCUGGCCCCUCCCCUGGCUCCCUGGACACUGCGCCAAGUUCCCUGGCCAGCGCUAGCCCUGCGCCGCCCUGCGGCCCCUUCGAGUUUCGGUGCGGCAGCGGCGAGUGCAUCCCGCGGGGCUGGCGCUGCGACCAGGAGGAGGACUGCCCCGACGGCAGCGACGAGCGCGGCUGCGAAGAGCCCUGCGCGCCGCACGACGCGCCCUGCGCCCGCGGUCCUCACUGCGUGUCCCCCGAGCAGCUGUGCGACGGCGUGCGGCAGUGUCCCGACGGCUCGGACGAGGGCCCCGACGCCUGCGGGGGGCUGCCAGCCCCAGGAGGCCCCAACAGGACAGGGCUUCCCUGCCCAGAAUACACCUGCCCCAAUGGCACCUGCAUAGGCUUCCAGCUGGUGUGCGAUGGGCAACCUGACUGUGGAGGGUCAGGGCAGGCAGGCCCCUCUCCAGAAGAGCAGGGUUGUGGGGCCUGGGGCCCCUGGAGCCCGUGGGGACCUUGCAGCCGGACAUGUGGGCCUGGGGGGCAGGGCCGGAGCCGCCGCUGCUCCCCACUCGGCCUCCUGGUGCUACAGCACUGCCCGGGGCCUGAGCACCAGUCUCAGACCUGCUUCACAGCAGCCUGCCCAGUGGACGGUGAAUGGAGCGCCUGGUCCCCCUGGUCUGUGUGCUCUGAGCCAUGCAGGGGCACCAUGACACGGCAACGGCAGUGCCACCCACCCCAGAACGGGGGCCGCACCUGCGCUGCACUGCCCGGAGGCCCGCACAGCACCCAUCAGACCAAGCCUUGCCCUCAGGACAGCUGCCCCAAUGCCACCUGCUCUGGGGAGCUGAUGUUCCAGCCCUGUGCCCCCUGCCCACUGACCUGUGAUGACAUCUCUGGCCAGGUCAUGUGCCCACCUGAUCGGCCCUGUGGCAGCCCAGGCUGCUGGUGCCCAGAAGGGCAGGUGCUGGGCAGCGAGGGGUGGUGUGUGUGGCCCCGGCAGUGCCCCUGCUUGGUGGACGGCACCCGCUACUGGCCCGGGCAACGCAUCAAGGCCGACUGCCGGCUCUGCAUCUGCCAGGACGGGCGGCCCCGACGCUGCCGACUCAACCCGGACUGUGCUGUGGACUGUGGCUGGUCCUCCUGGUCGCCCUGGGCUGAGUGUCUGGGCCCCUGUGGAAGUCAGAGCAUCCAGUGGUCCUUCCGGAGCCCCAACAACCCCCGCCCCUCCGGCCGAGGUCGCCAGUGCCGUGGCAUCCACCGCAAGGCACGCAGGUGCCAGACGGAGCCCUGUGAGGGGUGUGAGCACCAGGGCCAGGUCCACCGUGUCGGGGAACGCUGGCGUGGGGGCCCCUGCAGUGUGUGCCAGUGUCUGCACAACCUCACCGCACGCUGCUCACCCUACUGCCCGCUCGGCAGCUGCCCCCAGGGCUGGGUCUUGGUGGAGGGAACGGGAGAAUCAUGCUGCCACUGUGCCCCACCUGGAGAGAACCAGACAGUCCAGCCCAUGGCCACUCCUGCUGCAGCUCCGGCUCCCAGUCCCCAGAUCGGAUUCCCUUUGGCCACUUACAUUCUGCCUCCACCAGGAGACCCCUGCUAUUCUCCCCUGGGGCUGGCAGGACUGGCCGAGGGGAGUCUGCAUGCAUCGUCCCAGCAGCUGGAACACCCCACCCAGGCUGUCCUCAUGGGGGCUCCCACCCAGGAGCCCAGGCCUCACGGAUGGCGCGCUGGAGGGCAUGCUUAUGCCAAGUGGCACACUUGGCCCCAUUACCUGCAGCUGGACCUGCUUCAGCCCCGGAACCUCACUGGCAUCAUAGUGCCAGAGACUGGCUCUUCCAACGCGUCUGCCACCAGCUUCUCACUCCAGUUCAGCAGCAAUGGUCUACGCUGGCAUGACUAUCAUGACAUCCUGCCUGGCAUCUUGCCCCUGCCCAAGCUUUUCCCCAGACACUGGGACGACCUGGACCCUGCCGUAUGGACUUUUGGCCAGAUGGUGCAGGCGAGGUUUGUCAGGGUGUGGCCCCGCGAUGCCCACCACAGCGAUGUCGCCCUGCGGGUGGAGCUGCUGGGCUGUGAGCCAGGGUCCCCACCGGCACCUCUGUGCCCAGGGGUUGGACUCCGCUGUGCCAGUGGUGAGUGUGCCCUGAGAGGGCGCCUGUGCGACGGUGUUCUGGACUGUAAGGAUGGCUCGGACGAGGAGGGCUGUGUGCUGCUGCCUGAGGGCACUGGCAGAUUCCAUUCCACAGCCAAGACCCUGGCCCUCUCCUCCGCUCAGCCGGGACAGCUGCUGCACUGGCCCAGGGAGGGCCUGGCAGAGACUGAGCACUGGCCUCCCGGACAGGAGUCCCCCACGUCCCCAACAGAGACAAGGCCCGUGAGUCCUGGCCCAGCCUCUGGGGUACCUCACCAUGGGGAAUCCAUGCAGAUGGUGACCACCACCCCCAUAUCCCAGAUGGAGGCUAGGACCCUGCCACCAGGUAUGGCAGCUGUGACGGUGCUGCCCCCACGCCCAGUGACUCCAGCGACCCCUGCUGGCCAGAGCGUCGCCCCAGGGCCCUUCCCACCUGUGCGGUGUGGCCCCGGCCAGAUGCCCUGUGAGGUGCUGGGCUGCGUGGAACAGGCGCAGGUGUGUGAUGGCAGGGAGGAUUGCCUCGACGGCUCCGACGAGAGGCACUGCGCCAGGAAUCUACUUACGUGGCUCCCUUCUCUCCCUGCCUUGUGAGCAGCAAGCACUGUGCCCUUCACGGUGCCUACCAUGGCCCUGCCUGGGCUUCCAGCCUCAAGGGCCCUCUGUUCCCCAAGCCAGCUGAGCUGUGGCAGCGGGGAGUGUCUGUCUUCUGAGCGGCGCUGUGACCUGCGGCCUGACUGCCAGGACGGCUCGGAUGAGGAUGGCUGUGUGGACUGUGUGCUGGCCCCCUGGUCUGUCUGGAGCAGCUGCAGCCGCAGCUGUGGCCUGGGCCUCACCUUCCAGCGCCAGGAGCUGCUGCGGCCUCCUCUGCCAGGGGGCAGCUGCCCACCUGACCGGUUCCGAAGCCAGUCCUGCUUCGUGCAGGCCUGCCCAGUGGCUGGGGCAUGGGCCAUGUGGGAGGCCUGGGGGCCCUGCAGUGUCUCCUGUGGGGGUGGCCAUCAGAGUCGCCGGAGAAGCUGUAUGGACCCCCCACCCAAGAAUAAUGGUGCCCCCUGCCCCGGGCCCUCCCAAGAGAGGGUACCCUGCGGCUUGCAGCCCUGCUCAGGUGGCACAGACUGCGAGCUGGGCCGUGUGUAUGUGAGUGCUGAUCUGUGCCAGAAGGGGCUAGUGCCCCCGUGCCCACCCUCCUGCCUGGAUCCCAAGGCUAACAGAAGCUGCAGUGGGCAUUGCGUGGAAGGAUGCCGCUGUCCCCCGGGACUCCUUCUGCAUGACACUCGCUGCCUGCCCCUCUCUGAGUGCCCCUGCCUGGUGGGCGAAGAGCUGAAGUGGCCGGGGGUGUCCUUCGUCCUGGCCAACUGCAGCCAAUGUGUGUGUGAGAAGGGGGAGUUGCUGUGCCAACCAGGGGGCUGCCCCCUGCCCUGCGGCUGGUCAGCCUGGUCCUCCUGGGCUCCCUGCGACCGCUCCUGUGGCUCUGGAGUGAGGGCCAGGUUCAGGUCUCCCUCCAACCCUCCGGCAGCCUGGGGAGGCGCCCCCUGUGAAGGUGACAGGCAGGAACUGCAGAGCUGCCACACAGAGUGUGGGACAGAGGUGCUGGGCUGGACGCCCUGGACUUCCUGGUCCUCCUGCUCCCAGAGCUGCCUUGUCCCCGGAGGGGGCCCUGGCUGGCGCAGUCGUUCCCGACUCUGCCCCAGCCCUGGGGAUUCCUCCUGCCCAGGAGAGGCCACCCAGGAGGAGCCCUGCAGCCCCCCUGUAUGCCCAGUGCCAAGCAUCUGGGGUCUGUGGGCUCCCUGGUCCACUUGCUCAGCCCCCUGUGACGGAGGCAUCCAGACACGUGGGCGCAGCUGCUCCAGCUUGGCUCCUGGGGACACCUCGUGCCCAGGACCCCACAGUCAGACCAGGGACUGCAACACGCAGCCCUGCACAGCCCAGUGCCCAGAGAACAUGGUGUUCCGCUCAGCAGAGCAGUGUCGCCAGGAGGGGGGUCCUUGCCCUCGGCUGUGCCUGACGCACGGCCCUGGGAUAGAGUGUUCGGGCUUCUGCGCCCCUGGCUGCACCUGCCCCCCUGGUCUCUUCCUGCACAAUGCUAGCUGCCUGCCCCGCAGUCAGUGCCCCUGCCAGCUGCACGGGCAGCUCUAUGCACCAGGAGCAAUGGCUCGCCUGGAUUCCUGCAACAACUGCACCUGUGUCUCCGGGGAGAUGGCAUGCACCUCGGAGCACUGCCCAGUGGCCUGUGGCUGGAGUCCCUGGACCCCGUGGAGUCUCUGUAGCCGCAGCUGCAACGUGGGCAUUCGGCGCCGUUUCCGGGCAGGCACUGCACCCCCAGCUGCCUUUGGGGGUGCUGAGUGCCAAGGCCCCACCAUGGAGGCUGAAUUCUGCAGCCUGCGGCCAUGCCGAGGUCCUGGUGGGGAGUGGGGCCCUUGGUCUCCAUGCUCCGUGCCCUGCGGUGGUGGCUACAGGAACCGCACCCGGGGCAGUGGCCUGCACAGCCCCAUGGAGUUCUCCACCUGUGGCCUGCAGCCCUGCACAGGGCCAGUGCCUGGCAUGUGUCCCAGGGGCAAGCAGUGGCUGGACUGUGCCCAGGGCCCUGCCUCCUGUGCAGAGCUCAGCGCUUCAAGAGGAACUAACAAGACCUGCCACCCUGGCUGCCACUGCCCCUCUGGGAUGCUCCUGCUGAACAACGUGUGUGUGCCCACCCAGGACUGCCCUUGUGCCCAUGAGGGGCACCUCUACCCUCCAGGCAGCACUGUGGUUCGUCCAUGUGAAAACUGCUCCUGUGUCUCUGGGCUCAUCGCCAACUGCAGCUCCUGGCCUUGUGUGGAGGGUGAGCCCACGUGGUCACCCUGGACCCCUUGGAGCCAGUGUUCAGCCUCCUGUGGCCCUGCCCGACGCCAUCGGCACCGGUUCUGUGCCAGGUCCCCCAGUGCAGCGCCAUCCACCGUGGCUCCGCUGUCCCUGCCAGCCACCCACACACCUCUCUGCCCAGGCCCCGAGGCUGAGGAGGAGCCAUGUCUCCUGCCAGGGUGUGAUCGAGCUGGGGGAUGGGGUCCAUGGGGAACAUGGUCCCACUGUAGCCGGAGCUGUGGGGGAGGCCUGCGGAGCCGGACCCGGGCCUGUGACCAGCCCCCACCCCAGGGCCUGGGGGAUUACUGCGAGGGGCCACGGGCCCAGGGGGAGGCCUGCCAGGCUCUGCCCUGCCCAGUGACCAACUGCACCGCCAUUGAAGGGGCAGAGUAUAGUCCCUGUGGCCCUCCAUGCCCUCGCUCCUGUGAUGACCUAGUGCACUGCGUGUGGCGCUGCCAGCCUGGCUGCUACUGCCCACCAGGCCAGGUACUGAGUUCCAACGGGGCCAUCUGCGUGCAGCCGGGUCACUGCGACUGCCUGGACCUGCUGACCGGGCAGCGGCACCAUCCGGGUGCUCAGCUGGCAAGGCCUGACGGCUGCAACCACUGCACCUGCCUGGAGGGGAGGCUGAACUGCACAGACCUGCCCUGCCCAGUGCCCGGAGGCUGGUGCCCAUGGUCGGAGUGGACACUGUGCUCCCAGCCCUGCAGGGGCCAGACCAGGAGCCGCUCCAGGGCCUGCACCUGCCCCACUCCUCAGCAUGGGGGUGCCCCAUGCACCGGGGAGACUGGGGAGGCAGGGGCCCAGCAUCAGAGCGAGGCCUGCCCCAGCUCUGCCACGUGCCCAGUGGACGGAGCCUGGGGCCCAUGGGGGCCAUGGUCUUCCUGCGACACGUGCUUGGGGCAGUCCCACCGGAGCCGGGCAUGCAGCCAGCCCCCCACCCCUGAGGGAGGGAGGCCCUGCCCUGGGAGCCACACGCAGAGUCGCCCUUGCCAGGACAAUUCCACCCGGUGCACAGACUGUGGGGGUGGCCAGAGCCUGCACCCCUGUGGGCAGCCCUGCCCCCGCUCCUGCCAGGACCUGUCCCCUGGGAGUGUGUGCCAGCCAGGCUCUGCGGGCUGCCAGCCCAGCUGUGGGUGCCCCUUGGGCCAGCUCUCCCAGGAUGGGCUGUGCGUGCCCCUGGCCCGCUGCCGCUGCCAGUACCAGCCUGGAGCCAUGGGGAUCCCUGAGAACCAGAGUCGGUCAGCAGGGUCUAGGUUUAGCUCCUGGGAGAGCCUGGAACCAGGAGAGGUGAUCACUGGGCCAUGCGACAACUGCACCUGUGUGGCAGGCAUUCUGCAAUGCCAGGAGGUGCCCGGCUGCCCGGACCCUGGGCUGUGGAGCUCUUGGGGCCCUUGGGAAGACUGCAGUGUUUCGUGUGGGGGUGGGGAGCAGCUGCGCUCCCGGCGCUGUGCCCGUCCUCCCUGCCCAGGGCCUGCCCGCCAGAGCCGCACAUGCAGCACGCAGGUCUGCAGAGAGGCAGGUUGCCCGGCUGGCCGCCUGUACCGCGAGUGCCAGCCCGGCGAGGGAUGCCCCUUCUCCUGCACCCACAUCACGCAGCAGGUGGGCUGCUCCUCUGAGGGCUGCGAGGAGGGCUGCCACUGCCCCGAGGGCACCUUCCAGCACCGCCUGGCCUGUGUGCAGGAGUGCCCUUGUGUGCUGACAGCCUGGCUACUGCAGGAGCUGGGAGCCGCCAGAGCUGGCCCUGGUCAGUCCCUCGGGCCUGGAGAUGAGCUUGGCUCGGGUCAGACACUUCAUACAAGCUGCGGCAACUGCUCCUGUGCACAUGGGACGCUGUCUUGCUCCCUGGAGGACUGCUUCGAGGCCGGUGGUGGUUUCGGUCCCUGGAGCCCGUGGGGCCCAUGCUCCCGCUCCUGUGGUGGGCUGGGCACCCGCACCCGCAGCCGCCAGUGUGUGCUCCCCAUGCCCGUCCCCAGUGGUCAGGGCUGCCGUGGGCCCCGCCAGGGCCUUGAGUACUGCCCCAGCCCAGACUGCCCUGGGGCUGAAGGGUCCACGGUGGAGCCAGUGACAGGCCUUCCAGGUGGCUGGGGCCCGUGGUCCUCCUGGUCCCCCUGCUCCAGAAGCUGCACAGACCCUGCUCGCCCUGCAUGGCGCAGCCGCACCCGCCUCUGCCUGGCUAACUGCACCAUGGGUGACCCAUUACAGGAGCGCCCCUGCAACCUGCCCUCGUGCACAGAGCUGCCCCUGUGCCCUGGCCCUGGCUGUGGGGCUGGGAACUGUUCCUGGACCUCCUGGGCCCCGUGGGAACCUUGCUCCCGCAGCUGCGGGGUGGGUCAGCAGCGCCGCCUGCGGGCAUACCGUCCCCCUGGGCCCAGCGGGCACUGGUGCCCCGACAUCCUUACCGCCUACCAAGAGCGCCGCUUCUGUAACCUGCGAGCCUGCCCAGUGCCCGGGGGCUGGUCACGCUGGAGUCCCUGGUCCUGGUGUGACCGCAGCUGUGGGGGAGGCCAAUCCCUGAGAAGCCGCAGCUGCUUGAGCCCCCCACCCAAGAACGGGGGUGCCCCCUGUGCUGGGGAGCGGCACCAGGCCCGGCUCUGCAAUCCCACGCCUUGUGAGGCCGGCUGCCCAGCAGGCAUGGAGGUGGUCACCUGUGCCAACCGCUGCCCCCGCCGCUGCUCAGACCUCCAGGAGGGAAUUGUGUGUCAGGACGACCAGGUCUGCCAGAAGGGCUGCCGCUGCCCAAAGGGGUCUCUGGAGCAGGAUGGCGGCUGCGUGCCAAUUGGGCACUGUGACUGCACCGAUGCCCAGGGCCACAUUUGGGCCCCGGGGAGCCAGCACCAGGAUGCCUGCAACAACUGCUCAUGCCAAGCUGGGCGGCUCUUCUGCACGGCUGAGCCCUGCCCGCCUCCCACCCAUUGUGCCUGGAGCCGCUGGUCGGCCUGGAGUCCCUGCAGCCACUCAUGUGGGCCCGGAGGGCAGCAGAGCCGCUUCCGGUCCUCCACGUCGGGCUCGUGGGCCCCAGAGUGUCGGGAGGAACAGUCCCAGAGCCAGCGCUGUCCUCAGCCCUCGUGCCCACCCCUGUGCCUGCAGGGCACUCGCCCCCGCGCCCUGGGGGACAGCUGGCUGCACGGGGAGUGCCAGCAGUGCUCCUGCACCCCGGAGGGUGUGAUCUGCGAAGACACGGAGUGUGCAGUGCCUGAGGCCUGGACGCUGUGGUCCUCCUGGUCUGACUGCCCUGUCUCCUGUGGAGGUGGAAACCAGGUCCGAACCCGGGCCUGCAGGGCCGCAGCCCCUCACCAUGGGAGCCCACCCUGCCUGGGCCCUGACACCCAGACCCAGCCUUGCGGGCAGCAGCCUUGCCCAGGGCUGCUGGAGGCCUGCUCCUGGGGCCCGUGGGGACCCUGUUCCCGCAGCUGUGGCCUGGGCCUGGCCUCUCGCUCUGGGUCCUGCCCCUGCCUGAUAGCCAAGGCGGACCCCACCUGCAAUGGCACCUUCCUCCACCUGGACACCCAGGGCUGCUACCCAGGGCCCUGCCCGGAGGAGUGUGUGUGGAGCAGCUGGAGCAGCUGGACGCACUGCUCUUGCCGGGUGCUGGUGCAGCAGCGCUACCGACACCAGGGCCCGGCGUCCCAAGGGGCCAGGGCAGGCGCCCCCUGCACGCGGCUGGAUGGCCACUUCCGGCCUUGCCUUAUCGGCAACUGUUCUGAGGACAGCUGCACGCCUCCCUUUGAGUUCCAUGCCUGCGGCUCCCCCUGUGCUGGGCUCUGUGCCACACACCUGAGCCAUCAGCUCUGCCAGGACCUGCCGCCCUGCCAGCCGGGCUGCUACUGCCCCAAGGGGCUGCUGGAGCAGGCUGGGGGCUGCAUUCCCCCGGAGCAGUGUAACUGCUGGCAUACCUCAGCAGCAGGAGCCAGGAUAACCCUGGCCCCUGGGGACCGCCUGCAGCUGGGCUGUAAGGAGUGUGAAUGCCGGCGUGGGGAGCUGCACUGCACCAGCCAGGGCUGUCAAGGUCUUCUGCCUCUGAGUGAGUGGUCCGAGUGGUCGCCCUGUGGGCCCUGCCUGCCGCCCAGCGCCCUGGCCCCUGCCUCCAGAACUACCCUAGAGGAGCGCUGGCUCCAGGACCCAACCAGCCUCUCUCCCACCUCGGCCCCGCUGCUGGCUUCAGAGCAGCACCGCCACCGGCUCUGUCUGGAUCCUGCGACAGGGAGGCCCUGGACUGGAGCCCCUCACCUCUGCACUGCACCCCUCCGCCAGCAGCGCCUCUGCCCUGACCCUGGAGCCUGCCCUGACUCAUGCCAGUGGAGUCUGUGGGGGCCAUGGAGCCCCUGCCAGGUGCCUUGCAGUGGGGGGUUCAGGCUACGCUGGAGAGGGACAGAGGCCCCCACUGGAGGAGGCUGCCGGGGGCCAUGGGCUCAGACAGAAAGCUGCAACAGAGGGCCCUGCCCAGGUGAGAGCUGCGAGGCCCGAAACACUGUAUUCACCCUCGACUGUGCCAACCAGUGCCCACGCAGCUGUGCCGACCUCUGGGACCGCGUUCAGUGUCUACAGGGACCCUGCCGCCCAGGCUGCCGCUGUCCCCCUGGCCAGCUGGUUCAGGAUGGGCACUGUGUGCCGAUCUCCUCUUGCCGCUGUGGCCUCCCUAGUGCCAAUGCCUCUUGGGAGCUGGCCCCUGCCCAGGUGGUGCAGCUGGACUGCCAAAACUGCACCUGUGUCAACGGGUCCCUGGUGUGCCCACACCAGGAGUGUCCAGUCCUUGGGCCUUGGUCAGCCUGGAGCAGUUGCUCGGCCCCCUGUGGUGGGGGCACUAUGGAGCGACAUCGGAGCUGCGAGGGAGGUCCUGGGAUGGCACCAUGCCAGGCCCAGGACACGGAGCAAUGGCAGGAGUGUAACCUGCAGCCCUGCCCUGAGUGCCCCCCUGGCCAGGUGCUUAGCGCCUGUGCCACCUCAUGCCCGCGCCUCUGCUGGCAUCUGCAGCCUGGUGCCAUCUGUGUGCAGGGGCCCUGCCAGCCUGGCUGUGGCUGCCCUGGAGGGCAGCUGCUGCACAAUGGCACGUGCAUGCCUCCCGCUGCCUGCCCCUGCACCCAGCAUUCUCUGCCCUGGGGCCUCACCCUGACCCUGGAAGAGCAGGCCCAGGAGCUGCCCCCAGGGACUGUGCUCACCCGGAACUGCACCCGCUGUGUCUGCCAUGGUGGAGCCUUCAGCUGUUCCCUUAUUGACUGUCAGGAGAGAGAGAGAGAGAGAGAGACUGAGAGAAAGCUACAAGUUGGCAGAGACCAAGAGGAGGCUCUCCCCUACUCUCCCCAGCCUGGAUCUGAAUGGCAGGAGGCCUGUGAGAGCUGCCUCUGCCUCAGUGGGAGGCCUGUCUGCACCCAGCGCUGCUCCCCGCUCACCUGUGCUCAGGGCGAGGAGAUGGUGCUGGAGCCAGGGAGCUGCUGUCCCUCUUGCCGCAGGAAGGCUCCGGAGGAGCAGUUGCCCUCCUGCCAGCUCCUCACGGAGCUUCGAAACUUCACCAAAGGGACCUGCUACCUGGACAAGGUAGAAGUGAGCUACUGCAGUGGGUACUGCCCGUCCAGCACCCAUGUCAUGCCAGAGGAGCCAUACCUGCAGAGCCAGUGUGACUGCUGCAGCUACCGUCUAGACCCGGAGAGCCCCGUGCGGAUCCUGAACCUGCGCUGUCUGGGUGGCCACACAGAGCCCGUGGUGCUGCCAGUCAUCCACAGCUGCCAGUGCAGCUCCUGCCAGGGAGGUGACUUCUCAAAGCACUAACAGGCUCCGCUGGUUGAGUCUACAGCCGUCCCUCUUGUGAUCAUAGGACUCGGCAGCACUGACUGUGUCCUCCCACACUCUCCCACCUGCUCCCAACUGGGGGUCCAUGACUUGGCAUUAGCAUGUUCCAAAUAAAGUGACACUGGCAACAA